AUGUCUUCAUCUGAACUCGCUGCAUCUACUUCCGACAAUGCGGCGCCUCGUGCGGAGCUGGAUAUCACAAAGCUGCAUGCACUUCCCUCCGAACAACAGGACCUCUACCUCCUCACCUUCACCUCCGAUCUAGUCCAACAUGUCUCCGGCUUGGAUAAAGCGCAGAUUUCGUCCCAGCAGAAAUUCCUCAAGAAGGAAUUGUUCAAGAUCCUGACCCUCUCGUCGCCGACAGUCACACGGGCCAUCCGCAAUAACCUGGGCCGAUGCUUCGGUGCGAUCUUCAGCAAGGGCGAUCGGGGGAUACUCUUCGAGACUGUGACGGACCUGCUGGGUGUGUUGAAUGCGGGAAAACAUGAAGAGCUCAAGACCAAGUUCGCCGCCGCGCAUUGUUUGGGGGAGGUGUUUGUCGUCGCUGGCGAGAGCGUCUUCGCGCAGUCGGGAAUCGUGUCCUCCAGUCUGCUCAAAUUACUGAAAUCGGCCAGCAACCAUACAGGCUUCCGCGGAUCCAUAUUCGCUGUUCUGCGGAAAGUCCUUGUUGGUGCAGGUGUUCCAGUCGAUGAAGGAACGGCGCGGGACAUUUGGAAGCAGGCUCGUAACGCUGCUACCGGGGACAAGUCGACUUUCGUUCAGGUGCACGCCUGCCGCUGCCUCGAACAAUUGGUUAGCACGACGCCGUUCUUCGAUAACGCAAACGACUUCGAUCAUCUGAAGACAGUAAUCUGGAAGGUCAUUGAAAGUCCCGUGGCUCCCGUAAGACAUGCCGCAGCGGCUUGUCUUGCGCGUGCCUUGGCCAAACUGCAUGCUACUGAUGCCCGUAUUAUGGCCGCCCCGAAACCGAAGAAAGCCAAAAGAAUGUCGAAAAAGCCCGCCCCCAGACCGGGGGAGGACGAGGAGGAAGCGGAGGUUUCUGAGUCGUCUGCGCCGAAGAAGUCGGAAGCACGGUUAUUCUUCCUUCUUCCUGAUCUCUUGCGGCAGCUAUCUGCACAAUAUCUACGAAACACCACGUCGAAUCGCGCACGAGCAGGAAUCGCUGUUUGCUAUAAACAUCUUCUACGCAUUCUGGGGGACAAGAUAGUGGAGGAGCGAUACAAUGAAAUCGCCAAUCACCUUCUCUUCGAGCUUCUCAACCAUCCUACCAUCAUAUUCAACCGAUUCAGACUUCUGAUGACGAGGAAAUUUGUGAAGAGUAUCCUAGAGGAUACAGUGGGCCGGGAAUCCCUUCGCGAGAACAGCCAGCUCAAUGCUGCAAAAUGGUUGAUAAACGACGUUCUCAAGGAUUACCCUCAGGUCAUUCAAGAACGUCGCGAGCCGAGCAAAUAUACUUUGACUAGCGCCCUGGGCGCUUUGACUUCGUUGAUAUCCUCUCUCGGUUCCACUUUCGGGUCCCUGGCUGAGACCUGCCGUGAAGCUUUACUGCAGGUUCUCCCGCACCCAAGUUAUACUGUCCAAAUCCAUGCCGCGCACUGCCUGCGGGCGUUUGUGCUUGCGUGCCCGCAUCAAUUGCUCUCUUGCGUCACAAUAUGCCUGAACAGCUUGAACAGAGAAGUCGGUCAACUUUCCACUCCCCGACAGUCGUCCCGACGAUGUGUGGGCUAUGCGAAUGGGCUUUCGGCUAUGCUGAGUACAUCCCGCUUGCAACCACUGUAUGGUUCUGUCGACGUGUUCUCUCGCGUCUUCGGACAAGCGACCGACCUCUUGAAAACGAGCAGCAAUUCUGAAUUGCGCGCCGCAAGCACGCAGAUUCAAGUAGCCUGGAUCUUGAUCGGAGGGCUGAUGCCUUUGGGCCCGAGCUUCGUGAAAAUCCAUAUGUCACAGCUCAUGCUGUUGUGGAAGAACGCGCUUCCCAAGCAUCUGGGCAAGGAGAACAUCGCGCAGCGGGGAUACCUGGAGAUGAGCUUUCUUGCUCAUGUCAGGGAGUGCUCCUUGGGCGCGUUAUUGGUAUUUUUGGAGUUCAACAGCAAGCUCAUUACUGCUGAUGGAGCGAGAAGAAUCGCUGCCAUGCUCCAGAAUACUGUCACGUUCCUGGACGAUCUUCCUCGGCAGAAAUCUGUAGCUGAGGUGUCACAGCGCCUGCAUCCUUCCUUGCAGCUGCACGACAUUGCCACUAUGGUCAGACGACGUGUAUUGCAGUGCUUUACCAAGCUUAUCCAGGUCCAUCCUCUUAGCCAUGGUGAUGUGAUCUCUCAAACUAGUCUUCUGAGUUUGUCCAUCUCGUCGUUUGCAGACCCAGAUGCGCCCCUAUCUGGACCGCUAGAGAGCUCCGUCGCCGCAUCUACCGCUCAGUUCGAGAGCCUGUGGGAUUUGGGAGAUAAUUUUGGAUUUGGGUUGACGGGCCUGGCCAGGGAAUAUGUCCGUGUCACUCUCUCGGGGAAAGACGAAAAUGAUAACGGGCCGUCUUGGUCUGUAGUUGAUUCAGCAGACCAGGCCAUCGACGACGCUUUGACCUUCCCCAUAUGUCAAGCCAGCGAACACGAUUCCAUCCUGUUGUACUCCUCUCGAGAUGGGAAUCACCCGGCUUCGGAUCCUCAUGCUACUGGAGUUGUUGACUCAGCUAUUGAGCUCUUUUCAACUGCCGUGCCACUGCAUGCUCCCAAGGUGCAGGAAAGCAGCAUAGAGCAGAUUGCGACCUUCCUCUCGUCUUCCAGCCUUCAGCGGAACCCCGGCCGUAAAGCCGCUAUGAUAGUCAACAUCGCCGUGGCUUUAGUCCGUGCUCUGAAGACUGCCUCUAGAGAGAGCAGCUCUGCGUCAGGGAAGCUGAACCCAUCAACUGACAAGGUCUUGCAGGAGCUUCUUCAGAAAUUCGUUCUCGACGCUGAUCCGAUUGUUCGGACAAUUGGUGUUGAAGCACUUGGCAGGCUGUGCGACCGCUCGGGAACCACUUUCACUAGUACGCAGAUUAACUGGCUGGUCGACACUAUUGUUGAGAAUAGGGAACCGAACGCACGUGCUGGUUGUGCGGCUGCUUUGGGUUGCAUUCAUUCGCAAGUCGGUGGUAUGGCGGCUGGCUUGCACCUCAAGACCAUUGUCGGUGUGUUGAUGUCUUUGUGCAAUGACCCACACCCUGUGGUGCAUUUUUGGGCCCUCGGAGGACUCGAACGAGUGGCCAACUCAGCCGGCUUGACCUUCUCACCAUUCGUGUCAAGUGCCCUUGGCAUGCUUGCCCAACUAUACAAUGCCGAUACCCACAAUGAGGAGGCUGCAUCUCUAACAACCUCCAACAUUGAGAUGUCUUUCCUGACUCCCGUCGUCAUCAGUCGCUGCGUGGAUUCUCUGAUCAAUGUGCUGGGCCCUGACCUCCAAGAUAUCACAAAAACGCGCAAUCUCAUCCUCACCUUGCUGCGACAAUUCCAGCUUGAGGACAACGCAGCUCUCGUUACCGAGAGCUCUAAGUGCUUAGACCACUUGUCUUUGUACGCUCCUGCAUACGUGGACUUCUCUGGUUAUGUGAAGCGCCUGCAGGGUGAGCUUUCUGCCGACAACCCAUUGAUGCGUGAUGUGGCCAUUCGCGGACUGAGCAAUCUCAUGAAACGUGAUGCUACUGCGGUAGUGCGGACUGCUACACCUACCCUUGAGGAGGAGAUUUGGCUUGCCUUUGAUGAUAACCCGGAUAAUUUGGUCCUCAAAGAUAUGAUCCAAGACUGGUUGCAACAGACUGCUCUCACGGAAACAGAGCUAUGGAUACAGCGCUGCCAUAAUACCCUGACCAAGACGCGUGUCAAGGUGGAGGAGCCUCCCGCAACAUCGGCUAUCAAGACGGCUGCAAAUGAUCUGCCGGACGAUGAGGUUGCAGGAUUCGCGUCGGCCAUUUCCGGUGCUGGGCAGACGGAUAACGCCAACGAGAACGUUUCUGGUCAGGAAUUAUUGAAAUGGCAGACUCGUAACUUUGUCAUGAGUUGCCUCAGUGAGCUUUUAGCAACCGUCCAGGAGGCCAUCCUACCAGACCAAACAAUCCCGGCUGAGCUGGCACUGCAGCAGAAUGUCGGUGAUAUUGUUCGAAUGGCGUUCUCAGCGUCUACUGCCAAUGUGAUCGAACUACGAGUUUGGGGACUGAAGAUCUUGGACCAGGUUCUUCGGAUGUUUGGCAAGACCCCUGACCCCGAUUUCGCCGAAGCUUCCCUGUUGGAACAGUAUCAAGCUCAAAUUGGAUCUGCGCUGACGCCUGCAUUUGCCGUGGAUUCUUCGCCAGAGCUUGCGUCGGAAGCGAUCAACGUUUCUGCCACCUUCAUUGCAACAGGAAUCGUUACAAAUGUGGAUCGUAUGGGAAGAAUUCUGAAGCUGUUGGUUCUUGGCCUUGAGAACUUCUCGACAAACCCGGAUACUACGGAGAUCGGUGACUUGAAGGGCCUCAAUUCAAAUGCUAGGGUUAUGGUCAAGAUGGCUCUUUAUUCCGCCUGGGCGCGACUUCAGAUCGCCAGUAUCGAACAAGACUACCUGAACGACGUGGUGCAGCCUUACCUUGCCAAACUCACUCCGCUGUGGCUUUCUUCUCUCCAGGAGUACGCCCGGUUAAGAUUUGAACCUGAUAUCUCUGGCAGUCUCGGCACUCCCCAGAGCAGCAAUCUGGACGAGAUGUAUGCCGCGUUGAACCGGGAGACUCUCUUGAAGUUCUAUCAAGAUACCUGGUUGAGUCUUGUUGAUGCUAUCGCCGGACUAGUGGAAAAAGAUAUCGACUUUGUUUUCGAUGCUCUCGAUGGGAAAUCACAAGUGAAAGAGCCAGAAACCGAGGGAGAACAGGAGUCUGCUCCCAACGGCGAGGUGGAGAGCAAGGGACACGACAUCAACUACCGUGAAGAGCCCGUUGCCUUCUUUUUCGUUCUCUUCGGCCUAGCCUUUGAGGCCCUUGUUGACCAGUCCACCACCUCAUCCCAAAGACUGGAAAUCCUGCAGGCACUAUUGCGAAUCCUGAGGCCUGUCAUUUCAGGAAAUGCCAUCUACCAGGAUGCUAUCUUCUCCGAGACCAUGGACACCCUUGAUCGCCUGGUGCUGACUGAGGGCAUCCCCAUCCAGAAUGUUAUUGUCGAUAUUGCACGAAACCUGUCGCUGGAUCACCCAUCUGCAAAGGGAAGCGAAGGAAGGGACGACCACCUUACUGAUGAUAUUGAACAACUGUUCGAGUUGACCAGGAGCAUCAUCCUCGUCCUUGCAAACCUCCUACCCAACCUCCGCGAAACAACGCCUCUUGCUCGUUUCAACAUAGGAUCCGAGGACGCCUUGUCGCUCAUCCGACUUGCCCUGUCUUCGCUAGUCAAUGUUGCCUCUAUCUUCCCGUCCAUUAUCCGCAAUGACCUGAACGCCUGUAUCCUCCACAUAUUCAGCACCAUCCUAGCUACCGGACUAUGCCAGGACGACGUUGUCCCGCAGGCUCUCCCCACGUUCAAACAGUUCAUCCAGGGCAUCAGCCAACAGAAGGCAGUUGGAUCUGACCAGUCAGAAAACCCCAAAGUUGUAUCGCGUCAGCUCCGUGGAUGUCUGACCCGAUUCCUCACAACCCUGACGAUCGCCCAACGUCGGGAGUCCGAGACGUCGUUGCCUUGCGCCAAAAACACUCUCCUCGCGAUCACCAUCUUAUUGACGACAGGAAGCCACAUGAUCCCGCCGCAGGACCCUGUCAUCCCCCGGGUCCUGAACGAAUUCCUCGACUGCCUCCAGGACGUCGGCCUGGCCAACGUCGCAGCAGGCUGCCUCCGCACCAUACUCCUCGCUCCAAACCCGCGGUCCUCAACCGACGAAGUAAUCGGCCGAUACCUGACUCCCCGACUCAUCGGCUUCCUGAUCGGCUGCCCAACAGAAUCCGGGGAAGCUCCCAACGACCCCGAAAACUCACGGACCGUAAUCGCGCGCACCCUGGUGGCUUCGGUAGCUACCGCCGCUGACGCGCCCACGGCGAUGUCACUGGUGAUGUCUGCGCUUCUUGCGCGCGGCAAACGCGAGGGUCCAGCUGUGUACAAAGAGACGUCAGGCAACCUGCUUGAGCUGGCGAAGGCGAACCAGGCUAUCUUCCGCGCGCUGGUCGCGACCAUGAAGCCAGACCAGAAGGCGCUUCUCGAAGAGAUCCUUCGGAGUGCGGAGCCUGACACGCCUGCCAAUAAGGAUCGCAGAGAUAGCGAACAGGCGAACGGACAACAGGCUAUGCCGAGUAUUGCUUUGAGGUUUGACUUUUGA